UUUGUUCACUGCAGCCGCGUUGUCCGCAAAUCCAUCGCCAGAGUCCUGACUGUAAUCAACCAGACACAGAAGGAGAACCUGAGGAAGUUCUACAAGGGUAAGAAGUACAAGCCCCUGGAUCUGAGACCCAAGAAGACCCGAGCUCUGCGCCGCCGACUCAACAAGCAUGAGGAGAGUCUGCGGACCAAGAAACAGCAGAGGAAAGACCUCCUCUACUCCAUCCGCAAAUUUGCAGUCAAAGCUUAGAGGCUCUUUCUAUUGACCAAAUAAAAUCUGUUAAAGACAAAA